AUGGCUGCUGCUAUUAUGGGAGGGGCAUUACUCUCUGCUUAUGUUCAGGUGUUGUUGGAUAAGAUCAUUUCCAAUGAGUUCUUGGACUUCUUUAGGAGAAGAAAGCUUAAUGUUUCACUUCUUGAAAAGAUGAAGGCGACAUUGCUGAGUGAUCAAGCUGUUCUAAAUCAUGCCGAGGAGAAGCAGAUCACAAAUUUUGCUGUCAAUGAAUGGCUGAAUGAGCUCACACAAGCUAUCUUUGAUGCUGACGAUUUGUUAGAUGAAAUCAACACAGAGGCCCUUGGAUGCAAAGUGAAAGCCAGGUAUCAAAGUCCAUCGUGCAGUGCCAAGGUGCGAAACGUCUUUGCCUCUCAUUUCGGACGAUCAUAUGGUAUGAUCAAUUCUAAAAGCAGCUCCCUCGUUAAGUUUUUGUUAUGA